UAAAUAUUUACCUCAAUGGAAGUUCCCAAUUAAAUUAGAGAGACUGUAACUGUUUUUGAAAUUUGACUAGACUUAAUUGAAGGUUGAAGAAACUAAGAAAAAGAUCAAGGAGUUAUAAGAGUAUUUAGCUCUAUAAUUUGUUGAACAUGAAAAGGAAUAAGAGAAAAAAAAAUUAUAAAAAAUCAGAAAUGAACUGGCUAAGAAACAUCAUAAGAAUAGAUUUUCAAGUUUUACUAACUCCUUGCAUCGACCUUAAUUUAUAAAUUAGAUUAAAGAGAAAGAUUUGUUUGAGAACUAAUCUGUUUUUAUUAAUAAAGAUGUUCCCUAGUUGACCAAUCUCUAAAAAUCAUAAUUGAUAACACCUGAUAGAAACUAGAAUCCAUCCUAUAGUAUUAAUAUGAAUGAUAUUAGUAAUACAUUAAUUGGAUAGACCAACAAAUAAAUAAAAAAGCGAAUUUCCACCUAUAAGGAGGAGAUUCUUAAGUUAGAAGGAAAUUAACCGCAUAGAAUUUUGGGAUAAAAACUUCAGCCAAUUGUAGGAAAUAGAGUAGAAGGAAGUAUGUAAAGUAUUGAUAAACCAAAUAGAAAAGUAGUAUGUUAAUUGGAAAAAUAAAGAAGUAGCUUAUUGAAUAAAGGGAAGCAAAGGUAUUUAAACCUACGGAUUAAUGUUUAAGAUAUUUUGAUAAAAAUAUCUCUUUAAUAUCUGAAAACCCUAUUACUCAAAGAUCAUUAAGUAGAGUGUUAAGUUUACCAAAGAUUAAAGAAAAAAAGGUUUGGAUGCCUAACAAUAAUUAUUUUUGA